GCUGAGGUUGUCACCUGAGGUUGAGGAGCCUUAGCAGCAAUGUCAUCCGCAGGCAUGCCAGACUUACCUGUGCCGCUCACCAAUCUGAAGAUCCAGUACACUAAGAUCUUCAUAAACAACGAAUGGCAUCAUUCCGUGAGUGGCAAGAAAUUCCCCGUCUUCAAUCCGGCAAACGAGGAGAAGCUCUGCGAGGUAGAAGCAGGGGAUAAGGAAGAUAUUGACAAAGCGGUGAAGGCUGCAAGACAAGCCUUCCAGAUCGGCUCUCCAUGGCGUACUAUGGAUGCUUCAGAAAGGGGCCAACUACUCUGCAAGUUGGCUGACCUAAUUGAAAGGGAUCGCCUUCUGCUGGCUACACUUGAGUCAAUGAAUGGUGGAAAGCUAUUUGCCAAUUCAUAUCUGAUGGAUUUAGGAGGAUGCAUAAAAACAUUACGCUAUUGUGCGGGCUGGGCUGACAAGAUCCAGGGCCAAACCAUUCCCAUUGAUGGAAACUUUUUCACUUAUACAAGACAUGAGCCUAUUGGAGUAUGUGGUCAAAUCAUUCCUUGGAACUUCCCGUUGGUUAUGCUCAUUUGGAAGAUAGGGCCCGCCCUCACCUGUGGGAACACGGUGAUUGUCAAACCUGCAGAGCAGACGCCUCUCACGGCCCUCCACGUGGCGUCGCUGAUCAAAGAGGCAGGGUUUCCUCCCGGAGUGGUGAAUAUUGUGCCCGGAUAUGGGCCCACGGCAGGAGCAGCCAUUUCUUCCCACAUGGACAUCGACAAAGUUGCGUUCACAGGAUCCACAGAGGUUGGCAAAAUUAUCAAAGAAGCCUCCGGGAAAAGCAAUCUGAAGAGAGUGACCCUGGAGUUGGGGGGAAAGAGCCCCUGCAUUGUGUUUGCUGAUGCUGACUUGGACAAUGCUGUUGAGUUUGCACACCAGGGAUUAUUCUACCACCAAGGCCAAUGUUGUAUAGCUGCCUCCAGGCUGUUUGUGGAAGAAUCCAUCUACGAUGAGUUUGUUCGAAGGAGCGUUGAGCGGGCUAAGAAGUAUGUUCUUGGAAACCCUCUGACCCCAGGAGUAAAUCAAGGCCCUCAGAUUGACAAGAAGCAAUAUGAUAAGAUCCUUGACCUCAUUGAGAGUGGGAAGAAGGCAGGGGCCAAACUGGAAUGUGGAGGCGGCCCCUGGGGGAAUAAAGGCUACUUCAUCCAACCCACAGUUUUCUCCAAUGUCACUGAUGAGAUGCGCAUUGCCAAAGAGGAGGUAAAUCGCUCCAUUCUCUUCUGUUCCCUGGGUGGCCCCGCUGACCGAGAAUUUCCAGUCAAAGGCUGGUUGGGAGGCACAGCGGUGUCUAGGGGCUUCCUUCACAGCCUGGAAGUGACGGAAAAGAAAAUGUUGUCUUUAUGUCGAUUUUCUCCUUCCUUUGAGGUGAUAAAGUAUUUACGUAAUUGUGACAGCUGGGUGAAUUGCUAUAGUGUGGUGACAGCCCAAACCCCCUUUGGGGGAUUCAAGAUGUCUGGCAAUGGACGAGAACUGGGGGAAUAUGGCCUUCAUGAAUACACAGAGGUCAAGACAGUAACGAUGAAGAUUUCUCAGAAAAAUUCAUAAAGAAAUCCCACCAGAGUGGAAAGAAGAAACUUCAACUACUAAGCAUCUCCUUCAGCCACUGAUACAGUAGAUUUUACAUCAAAAACCAUUAUGUUCUUGAUAUUUUUAAAUACGUGAAUCACAUUAGCAUGAAUACCACAUGUAAGAAACUUGACAUGUAGCUUAUUCUGAAAUAUUUGCCUUCUGAUAUGUGAUCCCAAAUGCUAUCCUACAUAAGCAGGUGGAUUUGGAAGAAGGAUCUCUGUAGCUCCGUAGUGGUCAUCACAUCUCUUUUCGUUGUAGCUACUUGUCCAGGACAAUCAUUUUAUAGAGAGGAGGACCAGCUGCCAUUUGGCUUCUUUCCCUUAACAAUUCCUUAAAGUACUUCACGCACAUGCUACCUGCUAAGUCAGGUGCACUGCCCCUCAUAGUUGUAAAAUCAUUCCUGUCGCAUGAAAUGUUUCCUAGAAGGUUCUGCCUGAAAUACUUAGCUGUCACCUGAACAGAAACCUGAAUAAAAACUACCUUGCAUGA